AUGCAACAAUCCCAUCCUCUACAAAUACCCCUAAACAUCAACCACACCCUCUUCGCCGCCUCCUCCCCACUCCAGUACGCACCCGCAACAGUUCCCAACCCACCAGGCGGCGACGUAUGUUCACCCGCAAACCAUACACCGCGCUCCACACCAAUACCUCCCCUCUACGCACCCCCAAACGCCUCGCACAAUCCCACCGACCCAACGGGCAGAUUAGUGAACGACCCAAGGGCCUCCAGCCAGGGGAAGCAGGAUCGUAGUAGGGUAGCUUGGAGUAGCACCGGCGGAAGUCAUCAUCGAGGGCUCGGCGGUACUCAGCGGAAACAUCCCGCCCCAUGCCCCGUAUCUAUCAGCCCAGUGAUGCAGCGGCGCCCCCACUGGCCGUACCUAGACGAAGAACCUGAUGAUGGGCUGGGAGAAUGGCGCUGGCAAGCUGGAGUGCGAAAUGAUCUCCGUUCGCCACUUGGCCGGGUUGGUGUCGGCUGCGCAUUCGGGGCUGAGAGAAGAGAGGAUUCAACGACGGGGAAUGGUGGAACCCCCCGUGGUUUCGGGCUGCUGCUGCUGCUGCUGUUUACGAUACCUAAACAGCAUUCCUUCCCGAGCCACGAGGGUCCCAGAAUGCACUGGGAAACUUGA